AUGGAGGAACGUGAGCAGCACGACAACAACAACAAAGAUUGGUUCGUUUUUCGAAUUUCGAUUUGUUUCGAUUUAGCGUUCAAUGAAAUGAAAUUGAUCUUGAAACGCAACAGCUGAUGGCUUGAAACAUCGAAAAUUGGGUCUUGACACGAUGAAAAUAGAGAUGUUGCCUGGUUUUGUGCAUGCAACUUUAACAUAUUGGAAAAGUAGGGCCUAUGCGCCUUUAAUAAAUUGAAGUUUUUAGGUGGUAUGCGCCUUUAAUAUAACAGGAACAUGAAGAUAUGUGCGCCUUUAAUAAUGUGGGCGUUUUAGGCUAUAUGCGCCUUUAAUACAAAGGAACUUUUGGACUGUAUGCGCCUUUAAUAUAACAGGGAUAUGACGCUAUAUGCGCCUUUAAUUUUACAGUAUUUAAAGUUGUAUGCUCCUUUAAAGUAACAAAAAUUUUUAGGUUGUAUGCGCCUUUAAUAUUACGGCAAUUCUCGGGCCAUAUGCGCCUUCAAAAUUACGGCAAUUUUGAGGCUUUAUUAAAGGCGCAUGCAUAGGAAGAUGAGCUCAAAUGGAAAUAGCUAUAGUUUCUUGACUGUCAUGUUUUUGAAACAAAAAAAUGCGUAUGUGAAAAAGUCAACAUAUUUUGAAGGAUCUUGCUCAGUAGCGAGGUCGAGAGCAAGCUUGAAGCUGCGAAAGUGGACAAGGAAAGGAAGAAGAGAAAGAAGAAGCGAGGAGGUUUUUUUGCAUUGACCAGUCUGCGCCCUCUUUUCUCUCCUCUCAGGGCCGGCCCGUCAAGGCCGUUUACUGAGCCCGAUUCAGCCCGGCCGAGCUAAGAAAAUGCAAAUUUUUACUUUGAAUAUCAACCUUUUGAACGAAAAAAAAAACGGUUUAGGUUCUUUUUUUGAAACUCAACAGGAAGUAUGAAGAAAAAAUUGUUUACUAAUAAAAAUUCUGGCCCAAGCCCGGGCGGGCCCAAGUCGCCCAAUCGGACGCCCAACUGGAAAAUUACUUUAGUGGCCACUUCCUUGAGGACUACUUGGAGAGGGCUCUAGAGUGGCCACUGAAAAAACUUCCAUAGAAGCCACUAUUUGCCUCCUAGUGGCCACUUUAGUAGUUCUCUUCUUGAUGACGACUUAUUUGACUGCUAUAGUGGCCACUAACUCGUUAAAAUCCUUAAGUGGCCACUAAAAAUGUUCUCGGUAGCCUGGAGAAGGUCGGAGAGUGUUGUUGAGAGAACAGAGAGCGCAGAGAAGCUAGAAUGUAUCGAGUAGUAACGAAAAUACUGUAGAAAUUUAAGAAAUCAGUGGUUUUUUCAGAAUCUGAACACAAACAGCCACAAUCAAUGUCCAAGUUCAGCUCUUCUGGCGAACCCAGCAGUGAACCGGUUCAUUUUACGAAUUUUUAAGGCUUACAAUGAAGGAAAUCUUCUAAAAAUAGGUCAGAAUAUUCCAACUUUCCAGUUUUUCAAAAAUUACUCCUCAACGUCAAAGAAUACCGUCAAAACCGUUAAAAUAAGCUAUUUUCAAAGCUUUGAGGCCUUAUUUCUUGAUAAUUAGGUAGUUUUGAAGGUUGAGACUUUCAGGAUCUACUAUUAAUACAUCAAGGAAUUUUUCCAGGGCAAUCCCAACCACAAAGAAAAACGACCUCCCAAGUGAAAAAUCAGUUGUUGAAAAUUCAGCGAGAUGUACUCUGAAUUUAAUUCUCGAGAGAACGAGCAUUUUACCGUUUUUCUCAGAGUUCAAAUGAAGGAAAUCAAAAUUUUCAGAGUUUUUGUUAUUGGCUUCGAAGUCUCGAAUCUUGUAUUUUGAAGAGUACUGUAUGUGAAAGCCCGCAUUUUGGUUGUGCGUAUUGCACAUUUUUAGUGGUACCGUCUCCCCUUUUUUUCAGUUUGUUCUGAAUUUUAUGGAAAUGAACUUGAGGGAACUGUUGACUUAAAUCAAUCAUUCAUUCUGACUUAUUAUAAAAAAAAACUAAAAAAACUUUGAAAUGAAAAAUGAAAAAAAGAAACAAAAAAAUGGACGCGCAAUGUGCAAACACGCCGAGUGCACGCGCCAAAUGCGGACUUCCACAUACAGUACUCUUUGCAAAAGGAAAACUCGAUGGUACGAUUUUAUCUUAAGUCCGCAAAUCUCCGGAGCCGUUAUCUCAGAGUACCGUAAUCUCAAGGCCCAUAAUCUCCGAAACCACUUAUCUCCGAAAACAAAAAACUUCAAUUUUCUUUCUCUUUUUUGCAUUUUAUUUUCAUUUUUUUCUUGUGUUGUACUCAGAAUACAAUCUCCGACCGAAACUGCGUACGAAAGCCAAAUAUUUUUCGUUUUUUUCAAACUUUUUUUAUUUUUUUCCACUGAGUGAAAAUAAUUUCAAUUUUUUUCAAAUUGAUAAUUUUUUUCAAUUUUUUUCUUGUCCUUAAGCUUCUCUGAUAACUUUUUCAUGUGGAAAGCAAAGAAAAAAAGAGUGAAACUCGAACUUAGAAGUGGCUUAACUUAAAAUUGUUCAGCUUCUCAAUAAAAGUGGAAAUUUGAUGAAUAUAAUUAUUUAGGGUCCGGCGAAAAAUUUGGAUCGGAGAUUGUAUUCUGAGCACAACACAAGAAAAAAACAAAAACAAAAUGCAAAAAAGACAAAGAAAAUCGAAGUUUUUCGUUUUCGGAGAUAAGUGGUUUCGGAGAUUAUGGGCCUUGAGAUUACGGUACUCUGAGAUAACGGCUCCGGAGAUUUGCGGACUUGGGAUAAAAUCGUACCAUCGAAAACUCGUUCUUGUCGUAGCACCAUUUUCUCAAAGAUUACCCUUUUUUUGAAUUUGUUCACUUUAGCACAACAACAUGAUCCGCUUGAUCGGAAAUCGGAGCGUCCACCACGUCAGCGUCGAAAACUUUGCCGCCGUUUCGCAGCUCGUCCAGAAAGUGAGAAUCUUUAAAAUAAAAGUGGAAAUUUCCGGCAUUUGUAGUGAAUUUAUCAGUUAUGAAAAUCUAAAACUUUAUCCAGAAAAAUUUUUUAAAGAAAAUCCACUUUUUUCCUUUGAAAAGAAAAUUCUAUCCAAAAAAAUGGUGAAAAUCGGUUGAGAGACAAGUAAAAUUUAUGCAUGAAAGCUCAGAUUGAUGAAAAAUUCUUUAAUUUGAAUAAAAUUAGCUUCGUUUUUGGCUCAAAAUCAAUCGUUUCUCCUGAAACGUGGUUUAAAAAAAAGGUAAAAACUAAAUUGAUCGGUCAUUGAUAAGGCUAGGAAUAUUUUCUAAACUUCGAUUUAAUUCUCAUUUUGAAAAGUUCCUUUUUUCAGCAGCAACAAUCGGCGAAACUGAUGACGACGGUGGACCUGCACCGGUUCAGCGACCAGGCCAUCCUCGCCUUCAUCAGUUUCAUCAUGAAAAAGGAGAUCAAGGUUUCUAUUUUCAGUGAAAAUCUUCACCUACAGUAAUCCCAUUGAAAUUGAGCUUUUUCGCUUCGAAACCCGAUUUGCCUUUUUUUCUUGAAUCUUUGAAAAAUUUAGGCCUUUUCAGUAACUAUCAACCAAAAAAGUAAAUCAAUAUUUCUUUCCGAAAAAAAACGUCUUUUCUCAACUACAAGAACCUCUUUCAAAUUGAUAAUUUUCGCUUCAAAACCCGCCAUGUUUUUUUUUGCUUUUUGAGAAGAAUGUCUUUUAAAAACUACAGUAACCUGUUGGAAGUUGAUCAUUUUCGCUUCGAAACCCUAAUUAAGUCAAGUUCAAUUUUUCCUAGUUUCUGUUGAUGAAAUAUUAUAUUUUUUUGUACAACUUUGAAAAUGAAAAAUUUGAGAAAAAAGAUGAAGUUUUUUUCCUCCAGACGUCAUUGACAUAUUACGCUCUCUCGGAGAUGCUCACCCUCUCCAAGACUUUUUAUCAUGGAGAAUUUGAAGUCUCAAUUGGAAAAAAAGUACCGAAAUUUUCUGAAAUAUUCUAGAAGAAAAAAAUGAUUUUUUUCCAGAAUAUUCUAGAAUCGGCGUGCGUUUCUCACUCGGACCUCUUGCAGGCCCUUAUCAUUUGCGGCGUUUCCUGUGUUUCUUAUGAGGUUUUUUUAUUAAUCAUAAUCAUCAUUUUAUCAUAAUUUUUUUGAUUUUUUUCCAAACAAAAUAGGUUCAAAAUUUGAAAAAAAUCAGUUUCGAAGACAAAAAUAUGUCAUUAGAGAAAAAAAUAACAAAGAAAGCUUCCAUUCCUGUUUCAAAAGAUCCAGUUAAACUUGAAAACACCAGAGUUUUCACUAGAGUGGAAACUUUAUAUUUUUUCUAAGAUUAUUAUCAAGGAACCCCUGUGAACAUCCCUAUAGAGGCACUGAACCUUGCAAAAGUGUCCCCUGUAGGGGUUUUUGUUAGUGAUCACUCUAGCGGAGGUUGCAAGUGGUCACCAUCACAACAAAAAUCUGAAAUAUCACUUUAGGGGCCACUCAAGCUUUGGUCUAUUCAAACUUAACAUGAUUGAGAACGGGAGAGUGGUCACUACAGUGGCAACCUUACUAGUUAGAGGCUCUCAAAAAUUUCUCUCAAGGGACCACUUGACCACUCCAGGGGAGCGUGCUCGGCGUCUUUUAAGUACGUCUUUUCAUUAUCAGACCAAAAAAAUAAAUUUAAAGACCACUAUAGGGACCACUCAAGCUUUAGGGGCUUAGAAGUCAAACUCUGAACUCCAAUAGGGACCAUUUGAGACCUUCAGGAGCACUUUUUUGUCCACUAUGAGGCACUUUUCUCCCCUAACCCCUUUAGUGACCACUCUGGCGUUUCCGUGAGACUUUUAUGGGAACCUUCCGGACAUUUUACAAACCUUACAAAAUUUUUUUACUGCAAAAUCAAUGAUUUGAAGACGGAAAUGGCCCUUCAUCGCCUAGCCGGCCAGAACUUUGUCAACCUCGCCAAACUGCCGGAUUUCAGGUAAGAAGGGCAAAAAAAAGUUGAAAAAAAAAAUAAAAUUCUAGUUUCUUUCGCAUAUUUUCUAUGACCGCGCCGCCAGAAUUUUUUCCGAUAUCGCGCCAAAAUUUUUCGCGACAUCGCGAAUGUCCCGCAAAUGUUUCACUUUCAGCUCGAUCCCGCUCUACCAGUUUGUCCAAGUGCUGGGCAGCUGCGACCUGAACGUUCGGCACGAGAUCGUCGUCGCCGACGGCGCCCUCCUCUGGCUUUCCGGACAGCCGCAUCCGUCGAGCUGCGCCCCGGCCGUCCUCGGAACUGUUAGUUAUGCUCUUGGAGUAACGGCGAUAUCGCUUGGGUUUCACUGACGACAUCGCAAAAGGGCUGUAGCCGUGUCGGUAUUGCGUUUGUUUUCAAGUGUUUUUUGAGUUUAUGAGAAUCGCGGGAGAAAUGCGAUAUCGCGCCAAAAAUGCGAUUCCGGCGCGGCAGCAAUUCAUUGGCUGUCGAUGAACACGACAUCGCUUAUCAUAUCUCACGUUGGACUACUUUACCUUUAGUUUAGGCUUCUUUAUUAGGCCAUGUAUAGGCCGCAUUUGGAAUGGCUAUAUAUAGGCCGCAUUUGGAAUGGCUAUAUAUAUAGGCCACAUUUGGAAUGGCUAUAUAUAUAGGCCGCAUUUGGAAUGGCUAUAUAUAUAGGCCGCAUUUGGAAUGGCUAUAUAUAUAGGCCGCAUUUGGAAUGGCUCUAGCGAUCCCUGUGAAAGAAAAAGGAUGUUUGAAGUUUCGCAUGACUUAGGUUAACACGGAAAAGGACUCUUCGUCUUGAUACUUUUAUGAAAUGAGACCAUGCGCCUUUAAUAGCCCAUGAGACCAUGCGCCUAAAGCACUUUGAAGACUGGAAAUAUAAUUUUUCUGGGACAGUAUCUUUGACUCUCGGAAAAUGAAUAAUCCUGAACCCAAUAAGGACUGAAAUCGACUUUUUUCCUUAGAUCCGAACCCAUUUCCUGAGCCAAGUCGACAAGCAGCUGAUCGUCGAACGAAUCAACACGUUGCAUCUGUCGGAACGGGUGAGGAAACCGCGACGCAUGCCUCGGUUGACGCGUCGCGGCUCGUUUUGCAGAUCUCCCGAUUGGCCCGCAACAUGUUGGACUCGCACAACGGCGCCCGGAUCUGCAUGGACCCCACUCAUUUCAAGAGGCAGCUUCCGAGGUCGCUCAGAGGCGCCAGAAUGGACCCUAGAAGGGCACUAGAAGGCUUCUAGGGGUCACCUUGCCUCCCUGUACUAAAGCUCGCAAAGUGACCAGUCUAGGGGUUUUUGUAAGUAGGGACCUCGUGAGCUUUAGAGCCUUAGAAGUCAGGCUCUAAACGCCUAUAGGGACCACUUGAAUUUUACCUCUGUAGGGUGCACUUUUUAUUCCAUUGAAGAGUUUUUUUUCUUCCCGAACCCCUCUAGGGACCACUUUAGAGUUCUUGAAACAUUUCUAACCUUUUUAAGGGGUCAGGAAAAACAGAAAAGCUCUUCGGAAGGUUGUUUCGAAGAAAAAACUUCUCUAGAGAUAAUUUUUUUUUUCAUCUUUUUCGCUUCCUUGAAUUCUCCGAGCUCAAAACGGAAAUAAUUUUCGAAAUCUUAGCUUGAAAUUUAUUGGUUUUUUUAGUCGAUUCCAUUCGACUAAAACAACCAAUAAACAUUGAAGAUUGAUGAUGAUGGAAUCAAUAGUUUCGAAUCAAAUCUCUUAAUUUUUUGCAAAGUUUUGAAAAGGAACUGUUUUGAAGGUGCGGGAUCGCGGAAAGCACCCCACCGAUCGGGGAACAUUCCUCGUUGCCUCUGAGCCGCCCUACGAAUUUUGAUGCUCAUAGUUGGUUAUUGGUUUUUUUGUAUUUGGAUAAGUACUAAUUGCUUUUAAUUUUGAGUAUUUCAAGGCUUUUUCCACUUUUUUUUUCCGAAAAAAGGAUUAAUAAGGCUCUCCUUAACGCUAAACGGGUAGAAUUUGUCCGAAUUUUACAAGUUUUAUGGUAUUUUUUUUAAAUACUAGUACUUUUCAUGUUGAAAUUUUAAGAUUUUCUUCAGAACUUUUCAAAAAAUCAAAUUCAGCCGCCAACGCCGUGAAACAGAGGGCGGAUAAAAAGAAGAAGAAGACGUCUAUUGAAGUGAAAAAUCAACUUUUUCAAAAAAAAAAAUCCUAUUUCUUGUGUUCUUCAGAAGGCGAGAACGCCGAAAGUGAUGGAGUUGAUGGAGAUGUCCGGCCCGGGGACGACGUCUGCAAAGCCGCCGAUGCUCCACAAGACGAAAAAGUCCCGAAGCGAGAGAAAGUCCAGAUGCGCCUGUGUCGACUACAUUAAGAAGAAGCUUGGGACGUGAGUUUGUUGAAAAAUUUUAAAAAUUCGAUGUUUGGAAAAGAAAAAGCUGAAAAAACUCUGAUAGUUAGAAAAUGACGCUAUUUUCUGUGCGUGAACGCCGCAGUGCAUGCACACGACACACUACAUUUUACGGAAAAAGUGGUCAUGACGUCGUAAAAAAAGCUUUUUUAAAAAAUCAGUCUGAAAAAGCAGCAAAUGGAGCCGCCCGUAAUCUUCACCUGUCCCAGGAGUUGCUCCGUGUCCCAAAUGACGCUCCUGGCGCGGCAAUUUGAAUUUUUAAAAUUUUUUUUACCAAUUUAGCGGCGUCAAAGCCCUUAAGUGAUCCUUAGAAAUGCUCAGAAGCGUCCGGAGAUCCGAGAAUAAGAAGGUUGUGCGUGGAGCGCAAGUUUUGAAAUAUCAUAGCCUUUUUUUGCUUUUUCAUAGGCUCAAACCGAUGCUUUUCUUCAUUCGAGCAAAUUUUAAAUUAAUCUCCCAAUGAAUAUUUAUAGUUCAAUUGAAGAAAGAACAUAACCGCCCCUCCUACAGAAACCCGGAGAAGUCGGAUAAGAAGCACCGGAAGACGUUGGGACGUCCGAAGACACCUCGGUCGGCCUCGUGCACCCAGGAGACGUGCAAGUCGGAGAAGGCCAAGGCCAACCUGAGAUUCGCGAAGCCGCGCGUUCCGUCGCCCGUCCACGCGAACCAGUCCUCGACGCGGACCUCCUCCAAAGCCGUAGGAAUCUCGUCGGCCAGCAGUACCGAGCAGGUACUUCUAGGCAUGAAACGAGAUAGGGAGACGUCAACUGGAGCGUCGUAGUUUUAAAUGAAGUUGAUUAGUUUUCAUCGGGAAAAAGGACAAAAAAACUAUUUUUCUGAAGUUUCUGGCUUCCAUUUCGAGUAAUAUUCUAAAAAAAAACUGUAAAAGAAAGUGAAAUUCGCUUUUUUUUCAAACCCUAAAAGUACCUCAAAUCGAUAUGAACCGUAUUUUCUGGCCUACAAAUUUUUUUCGAAAAAGAAGCGGAAAAGUGAGUUUUUAGCUCGAGAGGUAUUACUGGCCUUCAUCUUCAUUUUUUUUUCGGUAGUGUUUUGUAUAAUUUUAGGAGAAUCAAGCCUUGGGAAAAAGAAAAACUUCGUUAAAAUAACAAAAGUUACUCACAAAUAUCCACCUUUGAAGGCCACCGAACGACGUAACGAGAAGAGCAAGAAGGUAUCCCACGCCAUAUCUUCCUCCAAAGAUUUCCCGUCGUCGAAAAGCUCUUCCGUUUAUAAAUAA